CUUCAGUUAAAUUUUAGCUACGGUGGUGUAAAGUUCCAAUUAAUAAAUUAAAAAUGAAAUUCCUGACCGCCUUUGGUGUGCUAACAAUUUUGGCUGUGGUCCAGACUCAGUUUCCUCCCAACUUUCCCAAGUGUAAAUUUGCCGAAGAAACUUGCAUUGUCAAGGCCACCAAUGAGGUCAUAGGAAAAUACUAUGCAGGACUCCCAGAAAUCGGUCUAACACAAUUCGAUCCUUUGCACAUCAAAACCAUGAUGUUGAAGAGAAAUCCCUCCAGUCCGGUUAAUGUUGAGGUUAAGCUAAGUGAUUUGGAAUUGGAGGGACUAAAGACCAUGAAUGUUUCUCAUAUGCAGGGCUUCAAAUCUGAUCUAAGUGGCCGCAACUCAUUAACCGGAAUAAUAGAACACCUAAACUUCAAGGGCCAUUACAUUAUUGAUGGACAAGUUAUGAUACUGCCAAUAAAGGGUGAGGGUACCCUAAGAUUGGUGUGCAAAAAUCUCCAAUUUAAAUAUGCCUUUGAUUUGAAAUCCAUUCAAAGAAAUGGUCAAACCCAUGCCGCCCUGGAGCAUGUUAAAUUGGAAGCCGAACCUGAACAUGUGGAAUUUCACUUUGACUCAUUGUUUGAUGGUGACAAGGCGCUGACGGACACCACCAAUGAAUUCAUCAAUGCCAACUGGAAGGAAUUGUAUCGUGAAAUACAAGCGGACAUAUCAAAGUCUAUUAGUUUGAUUGUAAAGUCCUUGGUGAAUUCAUUCUUCAAGAAAUAUCCUUAUUUAGAAGUUCAUUUUGAACAGUUGAAGCUGUUGGUGAUACAACGAACGUCUGCUAAGCUAAAUUCAUUGACCAUGAAAUUUUGUAUUUUUAUUUCGUUUCUAAUACUGCAAGUUGCCUGUGGAGCAUAUCCACCCAACUUUCCCAAAUGUAAACAUGGCGAUGAAUCCUGUUUGCUGAAAGGUGCUGCUGAUAUUCUGCAGCAUCACUUUGCGGGCUUGCCAGAUGUUAGUUUGCUACCAAUUGAGCCAUUCCCGGUUAAAAAAUUAAAUGUGGAGAGGAAUCCCUCGAGUCCGGUUAAUGUCGAUAUUAAAUUAAAGGAUGUUAUUGUGGAGGGUUUUAAAGCGGUAAAAAUUGAUAAAUUCCAAGGCUUGAAGGAAGACAUGAGUGGCCGUAAUGUCAUAGCUGGUGUAAUUCCCUCGUUGACAAUUAAAGGCAAAUACACACUCGAUGGCAAUGUAUUGGUAUUACCGAUUAAAGGCAAUGGAGAUUGUGAAAUCAAGUGCAAAAAUGUUAAAUUCGACUUUUCAUGGGACUUCAAAAAAGUGGAAAAAGAUGGAAAAAUCUAUGCCGCCUUGGAGCAUGUCAAGCUGCAAUUUGAACCUGAUCAUGUGCACUUUUUCUUCGACCAUCUGUUCGAUGGUGAUGCAUCCUUGCAGACGACUACAAAUGACUUUUUAAAUGCCAAUUGGAGUGAGAUAUUCCAUGAAAUCCAACCAGGUCUCACAAAGGCCAUUAGUUUGGUGGCCAAGGCAUAUAUUGCCAAAUUCUUUGAACACCAACCCUAUGCUGAAUAUUUCCAAUAAAUUGACAAAAAUCGACUUCAUACAAUA